AUGGCCGGCCGGGGCGGGGGACGGGCCGCUCGGGACCGGGACCCCACGUGGAAGGCGCGCGAGGACCCCGCACGGCUGCCCCGCCGAGUCCUGUGUCGCCGCCCCUUCCGCCUCCGGAACGGCCCGCCUCCGGAACGGCUCGGCCAAGCCUCCGCGCCGGCCCGGGGAUGGCCCGCGGCCGCGGCGAAGCGCUCGGCGACUCCGGCCGGCGGCGGCGGCGGCGGCGGGGGCCGCUGCGCUCCGCGAGCCCCGCGGCCUGGCUCGUGGGCGACGAGGUUGUCCGCCCUGAGGAGCCAGAGGAGGCCGCGCUCCCGGGCCGCCGCCCGGGCUGCGUCGCCUGGCAACGGCGGGGUCCUUCCAGGCUCGGCGGCGCUCGGGGCCUGCGGGGAGAGGACCGCCGCGGAGGGCGCUGGGGGCGGUGGCGGCCGUGCGCGCGGGACGACGGCGACGCGGGCCUGGCGCGCCGCGGCCUCGGACCUCGGCUGCUGA